UUUCCGGAUUGCGGAGGUUCUGAGGCAAGAGUACUGCGAGUUUUCUAUCUCUGUAUAGGGCCUGUCCUUGGCGAGCACAACAGGCACUACGCGGGCAGCUUCGCAUUGUCCUCCUCUACGGGGGAGAAACCCAUCGAGGCCCAGGAAAUUCAUUCUACGGAGCGCGACAGGAGCCAAACAGAGUUUCGCUCUUGUUACCCGGGCUGGAGUGCAAUGGCGUCAUCUCGGCUCACUGCAACCUCUGCCUCCUGAGUUCAGGCAAUCUCCUGCCUCAGCCUCCUGAGUAGCUGGGAUUACAGGCACACACCACCAUGCCCAGCUAAUUUUUUUGUUUUUAGUAGAGACGGGGUUUCACCAUGUUGACCAGGAUGGUCUCGAUCUCGUCAUCUUGUGAUCCACCCGCCUCGGCCUCCCAAAGUGCUGGGAUUACAGGCUUGAGCCACCGCGCCCGGCCAUGUUUCACUUUUUCUAUAUGCCAGAAUUAAAAAGGACAGCAUGUUACCGCAGCUGAGGUGGUGGAUUAAGAUAAUGGGGCGGAGGGAGCUUUGCUCCACCCCCGCCCCGCCCCCGGCCUGCCCCCCGAGGACUCAGAGUCCUGGAAGGUUUUGCAGAGCUCCGGGCAGAGCUCCUGGCAGGGCGAAUCGCUCGCUACCCACAGGGAGUCGGGAAUGCCAGAGCCCAGCUGAGCAGCGCUACCCACCGGAGUGCCAGUCGAUCGUUGGAGAUCGAAUCCAAGGACGUGACUUGAACCCGGGAGCUGGGGCACCGGAGUCCACCUACCGGGCAUGGACGAGCCGGCUGACCUCGAGGGCCCACGCGAACCAGGAGGUGACCAUGAAUUGCGUGGCCGGUGAUGACCCUGCAGGAAGUGCAGGAGACACUCCCAGGCGGCUUUCCAGAGAACAGGUUUUUGUACUGAUAUCGGCAGCUUCGGUGAACUUAAGUUCCAUGAUGUGCGAUUCUAUACUUGGACCCUUUUUCCCCAAGGAGGCUGAGAAAAAGGGAGCCAGCGAUACGAUUAUCGGGAUGAUCUUUGGAUGUUUUGCUUUGUUCGAGUUGCUGGCGUCUUUGGUAUUUGGAAACUAUCUUGUACAAAUUGGAGCAAAAUUUAUGUUUGUAGCUGGAAUGUUUGUCUCAGGAGGAGUUACAAUUCUCUUUGGUGUAUUGGACCGAGUUCCAGAUGGACCAGUAUUUAUUGCUAUGUGUUUUCUAGUGAGAAUAAUGGAUGCCAUUAGCUUUGCUGCAGCAAUAACUGCAUCUUCCUCUAUCCUGGCAAAGGCUUUUCCAAAUAAUGUGGCUACAGUAUUGGGAAGUCUUGAGACUUUUUCUGGACUGGGACUAAUACUAGGUCCUCCUGUAGGUGGCUUUUUAUAUCAAUCCUUUGGCUAUGAGGUGCCCUUUAUUGUUCUGGGAUGCGUAGUUUUGCUGAUGGUACCACUCAAUAUGUAUAUUUUACCCAAUUAUGAGUCUCAUCCAGAUGAACACUCAUUCUGGAAACUGAUUGCCUUACCCAAAACUGGCCUUAUAUCCUUCGUCAUCAACUCACUCAGCUCGUGUAUUGGCUUCCUUGAUCCUACUCUGUCUCUCUUUGUUUUGGAGAAGUUUAAUUUACCAGCUGGAUAUGUGGGACUAGUAUUCCUGGGUCUGGCAUUGUCCUAUGCCAUCGCUUCACCACUGUUUGGUCUCCUCAGUGAUAAAAUGCCACAUCUAAGGAAGUGGCUUCUAGUGUUUGGAAACUUAAUCACCGCCGGGUGCUACAUGCUCUUAGGGCCUGUCCCGAUCUUGCAUAUUAAAAGUCAGCUCUGGCUGCUGGUGCUGAUAUUAGUUAUAAAUGGCAUCUCUGCUGGAAUGAGUAUAAUUCCAACUUUCCCGGAAAUUCUCAGCUGUGCAUAUGAAAAUGGGUUUGAAGAGGGAUUAAGUACAUUGGGACUCGUAUCAGGUCUUUUUAGUGCAAUGUGGUCAAUUGGUGGUUUUAUAGGAUCGACGCUGGGUGGAUUUCUGUAUGAGAAAAUUGGUUUCGAAUGGGCGGCAGCUAUACAAGGUCUAUGGGCUCUGAUAAGUGGAUUAGCCAUGGGCUUGUUUUAUCUACUGGAGUAUUCAAGGAAAAGAAGGACUAAAUCUCAAAAUAUCCUCAGCACAGAGGAGGAACAAACUGUUCUCUUGCCUAAUGACACCUAGCCCAACAGAUCCUGGAUUGAUACAAGGCUGAGAGAUGAAUGCGCCUGGCCUUAAACGUCACUGUAGGAAGGGUUUUUAAAAUUUUACGCACAAAACUCCAUAGACCCCGUGCCAGUAUCUUGGAAGUGUCAAUGUGUUUUUGGAUGAUCUUGUAUUGUACUGUACUUACUGUGAUACUGACAAGCAGUCCUGAUGAACCGGCUAUACUUGAAAUAUUAAUUAUGAAAGAGGUAGUUGAAAACAAGCAAAAAAAAACACUUGUCCUUGAAGAUGUUGUUACUGAGUUACUUCUCUUGUUUCCUCUGUUUAUUUUUUAUUCUAAGUACUGCUGAUUCUGUGAAUGUAUCUUUUUUAUUAACAGGGAAAAAAAUUAAUUAAUUUUAUAUGCUCUAAAUACAUAAAGAUGCUUCAAAAUAUAUAGAUACAUUACUAUGAAAUCAGUUUUUAAAAGAUAUACUUUCUCAUUGUCCUGAGGUUUUUGGUCUUGUUCGAAAGGAAGAAUUCUUGCCUUUCAUACAGAAACUCUCUAGCACCCCCUGGCCUCAAGCUUUUCUAAAAAUUCUGCUUGUGUGAAAAGUACAAGAAUAACAAUACUUACAACUUCCAUUUGUGUAACCUACUUUCAAUUAUGAUCUGGAUUUAUAAACAUUACUUGGUAUAAUGUUUAUUUCCUUUAAUGUCUCUGUUUUUUGGUUCUACCAUCUGUUUUGUUUUUGUUUUUAUCCAUAUUCUUGGUGAAUGUAUUUCAUCCUUAGAGCAGGUCAGCCUUUUUCCCCUAAUGCAAAUGCUUGUUCUGUUAGGGAAGGGCUUCCGCCAAAUUCGUGUGAAAUCCAUGCUGUUGCUUGAAGUAAAUAGACAUCUAUUGUGUAACUCUCAUACUUCUUGAUCUAUUUGCAUGGUAUAGUAGCCACAUGUAUAGUAAUAUUUUUAAAGAAGAAAUGGUUUUAUCUCUUCAUUCAAAAAUAUCUUUUGAAUGCCUUCUCUGGGCUGACACUGUGCUUUUUUUUUUUUUUUUUUUUUUGAGAUGGAGUCUCCCUCUAUCACCCCGCUGGAGUGCAGUGGCGCAAUCUUGGCACACUGCAACCUCUGCCUCCCAGGUUCAAGCGAUUCUCCUGCCUCAGCCUCCUGAGUAGCUGGGACUAUAGGUACCCACCGCCACACCCAGCUAGUUUUUGUAUUUUUAGUAGAGAUGGGGUUUUACCAUGUUGCCCAGGAUAGUCUUGAUCUCCUAACCUCAUAAUCUGCCCUCAUCGGGCUCCCAAAGUGCUGGGAUUACAGGUGUGAGCCACCUCGCCUGGUAUAAUCUCUGCUUUUAUGUAACUUAUGCUAGUGGAAGAGACAAACAACAAGUAAAUAUCAGACUUUCCAAUUAUCUUACAGAAAUGCUAAGAAGGAAAAAAAAAAACAUGGUGAUGUGAUAGAGUAGUUGGCUAGGGUAGUUUAGAUGUGAGUGCCUCAUUUGAAAAAGUUCAUGGCAGUGGGACCUUUGAGUUAAGAUCUGAAGGAGAAGAAUGUAACCACCAUUCAUUCUGACAGAGGACAGUUUGUAGUAUGUGCACACUGGCUUGGCAUGGUCAAAGGAGGUUCUAUGAUCUUGUCCUGCCUCCCUGCCUGGCUGCUACCCCAAUAGGAAAAGGAGUGGGGCCAUGAUUCACUUUUCAGGGAAAUGCCAAGCUGUUUUCUAGAGUGGCUGUACCAUCUUACAUUCCCAGCAGCAAUGUGUGCGUAAUACAGUUACACAGCAGGUUGUUUAGCUUUAAAAAAAAAAAAAAGAAUGGUGCAUGAAAUAAGUGGAAUGAAAGCUUUUGAUCAGAAAGAGAAUCUAUGGUACAAUUGGAGGGAAUGCCAUCAAGAUUAGCAAGUAGAAAUAGAAUUUAAGUUCAUAUUUUAGGAGAAACCAUUCAGAUCAGGUUGACCUGGAAGAGAAGAAAUUUGAAAGACUUCAUGGAGACAAAACAGUGCAAAACUGAAGUAGACACAUUGACAUUCUUUUAACAAGACAGUAAUCAAGGACAGGUGGGUAUCUGCCAGGGAGAGUUAAAGACCCGGGUCAAGCUGUCUCGGGCAUGGCCCUUGUAAUAGGGCCACCGUCUUGUAGGAAUGAAGCAAUAGUAGUAACAGCAAAAAUUAUUCAGCAUAUAUCACCAUUUUGCAGAUAAGGAAAACUGAGGCACAGAGAGGGCACAUAACUUGCUCACAGUCGCAUAGCUAGGAAGUGGUUCAGUCCCAGGCAUUCUGGCCUCAGAGUCCAUGUCCGUGUUAAUUAUUACCAGAUACCACCAUGACUCGUAUAACUUACAGUGAGAAAAAAAGCUCACCAUAACUAGAAAUAGGACCAUACACAAUUUAGUUCUAAUUUGAAGGACAGUCUAGAGUGGGAUCUGUGUUACAAUAAAAGAAUAAUUUGCUAAAGAGAAAAAAUUUGACAUGAAUAUGAGAGUCAACUUCAGCUUUAUAGGCUAGAGAAUCUCCAGCUUCUAUUGCUGUGGUUUUUCUGCUGAACUUCAUUCAGUAGAAAUCGUGUCAAUGCACCUGGCCUGUGUCAUCUGGCCCAUACAGCUUCUUGAAAGAAAAGCUCAGGAAUCAGAAUUGCCAGGCUAGCAUAAAAUAGACACUCCUUCUGGUGUCUGACUGAAGAUGCAGCAUCCUUGAACCAGCUGCUGCUGCUGCUGGGACGCCUCUCUGUCAUCCCAGAGGGUAUGGCCUGCCCGGAAAGUGAAACCAAAACAGGAAGUCACCAGGGGUAACUGGAGGAGCAGGGGCCUUGGAAAGGAAAGCAGUGGAGAUCCAGAGGGGUGGAAGGCUCCCCCUUGACAGAAGCUGUAAGUAGUUAUCUUUGGCUGCAAACGUACUUUUUCUUUGCUUCCUUGCUCACUGAAAAUGAACAAGUGGCAUUACUGAUGAAUUACUGUGACAUUCUCACAUUGCUCAAUAAAACAUAAACUUUUCUAUU